UUUAUAAAGAAAGUGAAUACAGACAUGGGUAACACUUCUGAUUUCACAACUACUGUUUGUUACCUGAACAGGACUACGGAACAGGUAGGAGAAGGGGGGGUUAUAACCUGCUGUGACCUGUUAAGCCACAAUGCAUUUCAGCUGUUACAAACGUGCUUUGAAACGAAAAUUAUCUGAGGUUGUAAAGCAGAACGCUUGGUGGCGCUGCAAGCUAAGAAAAUGAAAAAACGAUGCAGAAUCCGUGCCUCCUUAAAAGCUGAACAGUCUGGGAGCUUGAAAAGGAAACAUUUUACACUACAGGAGACAGAAGGCUUCAGAGAGGUAGCUAUUCUUACCUCGUCAAGGAGAGCAACUCCAGAUCACUACAUUUAAUCGAGCUGGCUUAGAGCAUUUGUGGUGAUUAAAGACUGCGCCUUUGGACCCUGAGGAAGAUGGCGACGACGCUCCCCGAAGCACUGCAGAAAAGGCAAGUGACCGCCAUUACGUUCUUAUUACUGUUGUGGGGGGCGGGCAGCGCGACCCUGAAGUAUUCUGUUCUGGAAGAGAGGGAGAGUGGCUCUUUCGUGGCCAACCUAGCAAAAGAUCUGGGGCUGGGAGAAGGGGAGCUGGCCGCGCGGGGCGCCCGGAUUCUUUCCAAAGGGAACAAACAGCACUUGCAGCUGGAACCGAAGAGUGGAAAUUUGCUCGUCAAAGAACAAAUGGACCGGGAGGAGUUGUGUGGUGACACGGAUCCAUGUAUACUGCACUUCCAGGUGUUGCUGAAAAACCCAGUGCAGUUUAUUCAAGGUGAACUACAGCUGCAAGAUGUAAAUGAUCAUGCUCCAGAAUUCUUAGAAAAUGAAACCCUCCUCAAAAUCUUGGAAAGCAGCCACCCUGGGUCUCUGUUUCCUUUGAAAAUAGCUCAAGAUCCGGAUGUGGGGAGCAACACGGUUCAGACCUACACAAUCAGCACCAAUUCCCAUUUCCACCUUUUCACCCGCAAUCACAGCGAUGGCCGGAAAUACCCCGAGCUGGAGCUGUACAAAGCGCUGGACAGGGAGGUGCAGCCAGAGUUCAGGUUAACCCUCACAGCGCUGGACGGCGGGUCACCGCCCAGGACGGGGACUUCGCAGGUCCUCAUCCUAGUCCUAGACGUCAAUGAUAACGCCCCCGAGUUUGCUCAGCAGCUGCACCAUGUGCAAGUCCCAGAGAACAGCCCCAUAGGUGCCCUCAUUACCACUGUGUCCGCUAGAGACGUGGACGCUGGGACAUACGGCGAGCUCUCCUACUCAUUUUUUCAAUCCUCAAAUCAAAUCAUGCAGGCCUUUGAAAUAAAUACAGCCACAGGAGAAAUCAGAUUAAAGAGACUACUGGAUUUUGAGGAAACUCGGUCUUACCGAAUGGAAAUUGAAGCCUCAGACGGCGGAGGUCUUUCAGGAAAAUGCACUGUGGCCAUAGACGUGAUAGACGUGAAUGACAACGCCCCCGAGCUGACCAUGUCAGUACUCACCACGGACAUCCCCGAAAACUCCCCGCAAACCGUGGUCGCUGUGUUUGGAAUAUCAGAUCCAGACUCAGGAGACAAUGGAAAAAUGGUGUGCUCCAUUGAAGAAGAUCUCCCCUUUAUUCUGAAACCGACCUUAGAAAAUUUCUACACCCUGGUAACCGAAGGAGCGCUGGACAGGGAGGCCAGGGCCGAGUACAACAUCACCAUCACCGUGUCCGACCUGGGCACGCCCAGGCUGACGACCCGGCACCACGUCGCGGUGCAGGUGUCCGACGUGAACGACAACGCCCCAGUCUUCAGCCAGGCCGCCUACACCCUGCUGGUGCGCGAGAACAACAGCCCCGGGCUGCUCAUCGGCUCCGUGAGCGCCAGCGACAGGGACGCGGGCGCCAACGCGCAGCUCACCUACUCGCUGCUGCCGCCGCCGCCCCAGCAGCAGCCGCAGCCUCAGCCGCAGCCGCCCCAGCCGCCGCAGCCCGACGUGGCGGCGCUCGUGUCAGUGCACGCGGACAGCGGGCAGCUGUACGCGCUGCGCGCGCUCGACUACGAGGCCCUGCGCGCCUUCGAGUUCGGCGUGCGCGCCGCCGACCGCGGCUCCCCGGCGCUGAGCAGCGAGGCGCGCGUGCGCGUGCAGCUGCUGGACGCCAACGACCACGCGCCGGCCGUGCUGUACCCGCCGGCCAACGGCUCGGCCGCCUGCCCCGAGCUGGUGCCGCGCGCGGCCGACGCGGGCUACCUGGUGAGCAAGGUGGUGGCGGUGGACGGCGACGCGGGCCAGAACGCCUGGCUGUCGUUCGAGCUGCUCAAGGCCACGGAGCCCGGGCUGUUCGGCGUGUGGGCGCACAGCGGCGAGGUGCGCACGGCGCGGCCGCUGAGCGAGCGCGACGCGGCCCGGCAGCGGCUGCUGGUGCUGGUGCGGGACCACGGCGAGCCGCCGCUGUCGGCCAGCGUCACGCUGCACGUGCUGCUGGUGGACGGCUUCUCGCAGCCCUACGUGGCGCUGCCCGACGCGGCGGCGGCGGCCGAGCCGGCGCGGCCCGACUGGCUCACGGUGCAGCUGGUGGUGGCGCUGGCGGCGGUGUCGUCGCUCCUGGUGCUGAGUGUGCUGGCGCUGGUGGCGGCGCGGCUGUGCGGCGGGGGCGGGGGCGGGGGCGGGGGCGGGGUGGGUGGCGGGGCGGGGUGUGCGCUUGGCGUUGGCGGCGGCGGCGUUGGCGGCGGCGCGGGUGGGGAGGGCCGCUUCCCGGGGCCGCUGCUGGACGUGAGCGGCGGCGGGACGCUGUCGCACAGCUACCAGUAUGAGGUGCGCCUGACGGGCGACGCUGGGACCGGGGAGUUCAGGUUCAUGAAGCCAGUACUUUCUAACUUCCUAGGAGAGAGCGCAGAUAUGAACACCGAGGAGGACUCUAACUUUAGGAAUCAUUUGGCGUUUAGUUAGGAAUCUAACUUUGAGAGCAUGUGAUAAUUCAUGGUAUUCACUAACCUGGAAUUCUCUAACCUUUUCAUUCCCAUAAAUAGUGUGCACAUUCAAACAGUGAUUACUGUUAUAUAGCUAUUUCAACCUAUUGACUUAGUUUAUGUUUCCUAUGUUGUGCAUCUCAUAUGCAAAGAGAAAUCGUGUUUCCUGAAUUUUCUUUCGGUGAGAUUUUCAGAAGUCACAGAUGUUUUCAAGUUUCUGCUGUUUGAGCUUGUUCGUUGUAUUGUUAGGAUUAAGAGAACUGUGUUCUAGACUUCCUGAGUAGCAUCAGCAUGAGCUAUUAUAAAUGAUGGCUUUCAGUUCUAAAAAUAUCUUCAUUUAUGCAAAAAUUCUAGUAAUAUAAAUUGUUGGAUUUCUGUUUUGUCAUUUCCAUACACUCUUGUCUUUCCUCAACUGGACCAGUAUCUAUUUGGAUGUUGUUUUCUAAAUUGAGUAAUUUCUUUGAACAGUAGAACAUCUGUUAUUCUAAAUGAUUCAAUUCCUGUUACAUUAAGAAAAAGGAUAGAAAAAGUGUUGGUAGA